GCGGUAGCUCAUGUGAUCUUUGGCGUCUGUUUAAGUUUGUUUGCGGUCGGUGCGCUCGACUGGGUUUACUCACAUCGGCUGUGGGAAGUGUGCAAAGUUGUUUGGGUUUUCGCUUUUAUGCGUGUUUCGUGAACAUUUUGCAUUUACCGGUCUUUGAUUCUCUAUAUAAUUUGGGCAUCUGGUCCAGUUUGAGGUUCCUAGAGUUUUUUUUUUUUUUUAAUCCUAAUAUUAUAUACAGUAUGGGUCCGAAGCAGAGCAGUCCAUCCGUGGGGGUUCGGAUCCGAUCUUACUCCGGUUCCGAUCUGUCUAACUCUGACGGGCGAGCUGCGGUUCUGCGCUAUUACGCGGGCGGUUCGACGGAACAGAUUGGUGAACGGGUCCAGUAUUCGUCGCAAAGACCCGGUCUGUUCAUCCCGACCAGCGGCCGGAGAGAUGAGACAGACGGGCAGAGAACGCUGCUGAUCGGGUCACUACCUGCGCACCUCACCCCUCACCUGCUGGGCGCUGAAUUUGACUGUCCCGUCUGCUCAAAGUUGGUCUGUUCAGAUGAAAUAGAUGUUCAUUUGCUCAUGUGUUUCUCCAAACCCAGACUCCAUUAUAACGAUGAUGUUUUGUCCCGGGACUCUGGCGAGUGUUCGAUAUGUCUGGAUGACAUGCUUCAGGGGGACACCAUCGCUCGACUGCCCUGUCUCUGUGUCUACCACAAAGGGUGUAUUGAUGAAUGGUUUGAGGUCAACAGGUCGUGUCCAGAACAUCCUACAGAUUAACAUUAAAACAGAUAUUUCCAGUAAAGAAGACCAGCAGAGAAGGGCUCAGCUAAUGUUUUUCUCCAGGAUCUGACUCUCUUUGACGCUAGAUGAUAAAUCCAUCAUCAUCUGAGACCAAUAUGGACUAAAACCUGCAGUGCCAAAUCUAAAUGAAAUCAUGCAUAUACUUUGCACAGUUCUGUUAACGAACCUGAAGACUGUUUAUCAGUAAUCUAGCUGCCAUCUUUACACAUGGAGCUCUUUAGAGAUCAGAUGGUGGACUGCAGUAUUACUGCUUCAUAGGUUAGGGUAACAUAUCAGUGGUUUCAUGACCCAUAACCACAACAGGACUUUCUGUUAAACUGUUUUUAACCAAAGUAAGAGUUGUGUAGAAAAGACAUGAAUGUAGAGGACGAUGACUGACAGAAUGUGAGUAAAGGAGGAACAUGGACCUAAUCAAAGAUAUUGUCUGUACGCUUAGAUUUUUGAAAUUAUAUUUAAAAUAGAUGAACCAGUUGUGAAUGUUUUUGAUAAAUGCUGUUAAUUUUUUUUUUCUAAUGUGCUGCUGUGUAUGUAACAGGUGCUAUAACAGAUAAUAAAAAUGAUAAUUUAUAUAUAAAUAAAUUC